UGUUUAAGUAGACAUUAAGAGCAAUUCUCUAAUAGGCUUGUUAUCGUUUGCUCUCACAAUUAUAGACAAUUAUAGAAAGAGCAUUUUAGUUUAUGGUAUUUUAUCGGACAGUAGUCAGACAUUUCGUCUUAUUUUCCAUUUGGGUUAUUAUUUUUUUUAAUGAUAAAAUGCAUAGAGUUUUCAAAUAUUUUAUGAGAUAUUUUAUAUAACACAGUGCUGGGUUAUUGGGUUUCUGUUACUUUACUAAAAAUCUUGCUGAUGACUUGAGCUGGUUUUAUUUUGUUUUGAGUAUUCAUGGACAUAUUCCCAGUGAUGUUGUCCAGUAAUGUAAUACGAGCAUUAUAUGACCUCGAAGUUACAGCAUAUCUGUGAUGGGUAGGCGGGAACCUGCUGACGUAUUAAGUUGGUGUUUGUGUACCUGAGAUCCCCGGUCAGGAAGGUAGGGUUCUCGUAUGAUUGUGGAAAGGGCUUAUUCAACCAAACGACUUUUCCGAUGCGGGAGUGUGGUGAUGAUCCGCGGAGAAAGUGGUAGGAAGAUGACAUAAAGCAAGACGGGACUUUUUCAACAUCGAAAAGCAAACUAUCAGAAAGACUGUAUUUUUUCUGUACAAGUUCCUUCAGGCGUGUUCUGAGUGUGCGUGGGAAUUUUCUCAUGCAACGCUCCUGCAACGAAAUAAUGUACGGAGGAAAGAAAGGAGGCAGGGUUUGGAAUGGCUCUUUGAAUAGCAGCGCUGUCAGAUUCUCGGGCAGACUGCAGAUCAGGCUAUACAGUAUCUGCAGGAGACUAAGCCAGCGCCCGGGUGUAGAGGAACUGGAAAGUCGAAAUAUUCUAAAGCAAAGGAAUGACCAAACAGAGCAGGAGGAGAGAAGGGAAAUCAAACAGCGGCUUAACAGAAAGCUCAACCAGAGACCCACAGUCGACGAGCUCCGGGAUAGAAAGAUCCUCAUCCGCUUCAGCGACUAUGUUGAGGUGGCCAAAGCUCAGGAUUACGACCGCCGUGCGGACAAGCCCUGGACCAGGCUGUCUGCUGCCGACAAGGCAGCGAUACGGAAGGAGCUGAAUGAAUUCAAAAGCAACGAGAUGGAGGUCCACGCGUCGAGUAAGCACCUGACAAGGUUCCACAGGCCAUAACGGCGUCUCUUCCGUGAAGAGUGGCUUGAUCCUGUUCUGCCAGCGAAGGCCUUCAGAGGAUUCUUCAGAGUGGCCUGCCCUGCUCCGCCAAAUAUUUGGGUGCAGUAAACCCUGGAGGCUGUGUCUCCAUAGGGGGCGCCACUUGAGAGGGCGUAAUACACUAGGAGCUCCACACCUGCUCAGACAGAGGUCUCCUGAAUUUUGCAGAGGAACAGAGUACAGCUCAGACCUUUGUUCGCUCUGUUUGCUCUUUGUCUCCAAGGCCAUUUUUUUGUACGGACUCUCAAAAGAAUAAA